UUUUUUACAAAGUUAAAAACCCCGCGUUCAAAUUUUAUGUUGCAAAAAAUUAAAAACGUAAAAUAAAUGCUUGAAUAAAGGUUAUUCUAGUGGAUUCCAAAGUCACGUAAAGUGAGUUUCUGUUCAAUAGCUUCGCGUUUGUCCAAUUUCCAUUUUGGUUGAGUUUCAAAGACUAAAGAUUUUGUUAAUAAUUGCAAAAGAAAAAAUAUCCAUAGAAAAAACAAAGAAAAAAUAUUUGAAAAUUGAAAUUUAGAAGCAAAAUGGCAAGCAGAAAAUUCCUCCCUCUCCAAAAUGGACAUUCAUCGAACCAACAGGAGCAACAAAACAUCAGUGGCCACAGUCUUUCAAAUGGCUUUCAUAUUGAACAAAGAAUCGCAAUCCCAGAAAUGUGCUUCUUCUGCUUUGACGUUCUUCAUAAAGAGCUUCACGGAUUGGAACGUCAUGUUGAACCAAACAUUUUAGGGAUCUCCAACAUGGCUUUUCCGCUCUUUGUGACCUGGAAGAUUGGACGAGAUCAACGUUUACGUGGUUGUAUUGGAACUUUUUCUGAAUUAAAUUUACAUUCAGGAUUGAAGGAAUAUGCACUAACAAGUGCAUUAAAAGAUUCACGUUUUGAUCCAAUUUCAAGAGACGAGUUACCACGAUUAACUGUUUCCGUUUCCAUUUUGCAGGGCUUCAAAGAAGCACGCGACUAUUUAGAUUGGACUUUGGGAGUUCACGGAAUAAGAAUAGAAUUUGUUAAUGAAAGAGGAUCAAAACGAUCCGCUACUUUCCUGCCGAAUGUGGCAACUGAGCAAGGCUGGGAUCAAAUCCAGACAAUUGAUUCAUUGCUGCGUAAAGGCGGAUUUCGUGGCCAGAUAACAAAUGCAACACGCAACUCCAUUAAGCUCAUCAGAUACACUUCACAAGAGAUUCAUAUGACAUACACAACUUACGUGGAGUAUCGUGAUCGUUAUCAUGCCCAAGGUAUUAUCACUUGUCGCGUUCAGUGCUAACAAAUGCGAUACUAUUGAACGCGAACGAGGUUUCUUUGACACUUUCCGACGACGAUUGUGCUUUUCUUCUUUCUUUUUUACCCCACCUUAGGUAGCGAAUCAAGUGCCGAUCUGCAGGGCAUGUGUAUGAGAAGAGCUGUUAUGGUGAUAAUAAAUCAAUAAAUCAUAAAUUUAAUACUUGAUGAUAAUUAGAAACUUACCCCGGAAUGUCUGCAGGCAAUAUGUGAACUGCCACUACAUAAACUCGAAUCGCAGUAAUUUUGAGCAUCAGCGAGGUAAAUCCAGCCGGUCACGAGUAGCACAAAAAUCUUUUCAAGGAACUUCAUCUUUUGUCUUUUA